UUUCUUUGGGAUUAUUCGCACUCUGCUUCUGGUCGUGAUCAUGAUUUUGUGCCUACAUCAACAAGUGAUGCAAACAAUCCUCAUAGCAGCUGUAGACUGUUUUCUCUAGAUGAGGCUAUUAAAGCCAUUCCACUGGAGUUAUUCUUGCAGAUUGCAGGUUCGCUCAGAAGUUUGAUGACAAUUAACAAAUGUACAAAGAGGCUUUUUCUCGCGGAUCUUCCUGAUGAGGAAUACAGGGUACUAAUGGAUACUCAGGCAACAGGGAGACUAUCUGUGAUCAUUGAUAUCUUACGGAGGUUGAAGUUGAUCAGACUGGUGAAUUAUGGGCAUAGGGAGGAUGGAGUCAAGGUUCCACAUGCAGUUUUAACGGAUGCACUGGAGCUUAAGCCUUACAUUGAGGAGCCACUGUCAAGUGUUGCAAAGCCAAUGAGUCUUGUAUCUCUUGAUCUCCGCCCUCGCAUAAGACACGAUUUCUUUUUAUCAAACAGAGGUGCUGUUGAUGAAUACUGGCAUACUCUGGAAUAUUGUUAUGCUGCUACAGAUCCAAGGGCUGCUAUACAUGCAUUUCCUGGAUCUGCUGUUCAUGAAGACAUUUAG